UUAGUCUACUGGCAGUUGCAGAACGCUCUGCCAGUAGGACUGAACGCUCUACGCGUUUCAGUCCUACUGGCAGUUGCAGAACUCGCGCUCCUUUUUCGCAUAAUUCGUUGUUCAUAUUAUAAGUGUAGAACGUAGAUAAUAAGCCCAUGUAGUGGAAUUGAAGAAGUUGCAAAUGAAAAAGUGAAGUGUUUUCUCAAUUUUAACUAGUGUUUCAAGGGAAAACCGUUGUUAAACAUCAUAUUCGUUGUCGUCUGCCGUUGUCCGCGAUGCGAUCCAAGUCGCUGCUUCACCUGCUACGUUUGCUUGUGACGCUUGUCCGUACGUUUCAAGCACACGCCAGCAGUCGCUCAGCAAGUUCGCUUGAAUAUAAAAAUAAAAAAAUGGACGUAAAGCGGGUCAAAAUAACGAACCGGAAGCAGUUUGACCAUCUGGUUCAGUGGAUGGAGAAGAACCCAAAAGUGGCCAAAGGGCAAAAGUUUUGCGAGGCGAUCGGAGUGAAUUCGGAUACCUACGAGCAAAAGUGGGCAAAUCUGUCCGUGGCGCUCAAUAGCCGCGGACCUCCGACUCGGUCCGUAAAACAGUGGCAGAGGGUAUGGAAUGAUUACAAGCUGAAAAUAAAAAAAAAACUGGCUUACAAUAAACGAGAGGCCAACGCAACUGGUGGUGGGCCGAACACCAUGAAAGUUUUAGCCCCGACCGAGGAGGCCGUGGUGAAACUGAUGUCACUGGAUAAAACUGUCAACCAUUCCGGGACAGCAUUUGGUCUUAACCGCAGGCCACCACUACCAACAUCAUCAAAUGGACAUGGUAGCAAUCAACCCUCGACGAGUCGAUCGCCGCCAAGAUCAUCGCAGUGCUCUGACAUGGACUUUGCCGAAGAAGAGGAACAGCAUGUGGACGAAGUAGGACAGACUAAUGACGAGGAAACAUUCGAAGUAGAGGCUGAAGAACUUGAGAAAACCCCAAGAAGCAACAAUAUCCGCUCUCAUUCCACACCGAACAGUCGGCAGCAGAAAAGGAAGACCGAAAACAGAGAUCAGGAUUUACGUUUUGAUAUGUUGACUGAGCAGACAAGGCUCUUGAAAAACAUAGUAGAGCACACAGCAGAGUGUGCACGCUAUUCAAGAAAAAUGUACAAGCUGCGAGAGGAGGAGUUCAACGAGCGAAAAAAGUACUGGCUUCAAAAACAAAAGGACAAACAAGAUUACAAAGUGCAACUAUUGAGAUACAAAAAGAAAAAACUUGACCUCCUCGAGAGAAAGGGUUAAUCAGAAUGACAAUAUAAGUACUAGAAGAAGACUACGCAGGCAGAAGAAGGAAGCAAUCGGGGGAUAAAACAAGUGAACGAGAGAGAUAGAGAGAGAGCGAUAGGCAGAGAAAGAGAACGAUGGUAAAAGAGAAAAAAAAAACAAGAUAAGAAAAAUUUAAGGCACAAGAACAAUGAGAAGAUAACAAAGAGUUUUAGAGUAAUAAUGUGGAUAUAAUAGUUGAACCAAAAUAGUAAUAGUAAGCGAAAAAAAUAUACAGUAACUAGAUAAGAAGAAUACUUUAAAGAAGGAUAAAGAAACAUUUAUUGAAAUGGAAUGCAAGAAAUAAAAUGAGAAUAAGAAAAAAUAAAACAAAACCGGAAAGGAAGAUAUGAAGAAAAAUGGGAGUCCUGGAAAAAGUAAAUGUGCAUGUGCCAGUGCGAAAAAAAACAAUAAGAGAAAGAACAGUAGACACAAACUUGGAAAGAAUAAAAUCCUAAAAAUGUGGAAUUUGUGAGGUCAUUAAACAAUUUUAAGAAAUUUAUCAAUAAAAUAAGAUAUCUAACAAACUUGAA